UGGGGUCGAGGUCGUUGUCACUGUCCGGUGUGCGGUCUGGGGCAUCCUCUCUCGGGGGUCGCCGAGCCCCGAGCCCCGCCGGCAGCUUCUGGACCGGCCCCGCUUCCCCUCGCUCCGUCGUUAUGUUUGAGUCACUUAAUAGCCUCUCGUAAUCUCACCUUUCACUUUUCCUACCUUCCCAGCCGUCCACGGCUGUUAUUGACCUGCGGUAUUUCCAUUGUGGAAUUUUUUUUUUUUUUUCUGGGGGCUGUUACCUUACGUAAGUCAGGUUGACUGGCCAACCCUUGCAGCCGUUGAGAAACACCUCUCCCAGCCCUUGACGAAUCCAGUUCCUUUUAGCGCUCACCAAAUCCAGCCCAAGAAUUCCGGGAGCCGUCAGUCCUUCCCAGGAGCUGACUGCACACAUUCCUAUGAUGUGCGAGGUGAUGCCAACCAUCAGUGAAGCAGAAGGCCCCCCAGGAGGAAGUGGGAGCCAUGGGUCCAGCUCCCCUUCGCAGCCAGACGCAGACUCACAUUUUGAACAGUUGAUGGUGUCCAUGCUAGAAGAGAGGGACCGUCUUCUUGACACACUGAGAGAGACUCAAGAGACGCUGGCAUUAACCCAGGGGAAAUUACACGAGGUUGGCCAUGAAAGAGACUCCUUGCAGAGACAGCUCAAUACUGCACUUCCACAGGAGUUUGCAGCACUUACUAAAGAACUCAAUGUAUGCAGGGAACAGCUCCUUGAAAGGGAAGAAGAAAUUGCUGAACUGAAAGCAGAGAGAAACAACACCAGGCUGCUGUUAGAACACUUGGAAUGCCUUGUCUCCAGGCACGAGCGGUCUCUCAGGAUGACAGUGGUGAAGAGGCAGGCACAGUCCCCAGCAGGCGUAUCCAGUGAAGUCGAAGUCCUUAAAGCACUGAAAUCGUUAUUUGAACACCACAAAGCUCUGGAUGAGAAGGUCAGAGAGCGAUUGCGAGUAGCACUUGAAAGGUGUAGUUUGUUGGAAGAAGAAUUAGGUUCUACACAUAAAGAGCUAAUGAUUCUUAAAGAACAGAAUAAUCAGAAAAAAACACUAACAGAUGGGGUGCUUGACAUAAACCACGAACAAGACAGUACACCGAGCACGAAUGGAAAGCGAUCUUCUGAUGGCUCUUUAAGCCACGAGGAAGACCUUGCUAAAGUCAUGGAGCUCCAGGAAAUCAUAGAGAAGCAGUCGAAAGAGCAGAGCCAGAUGAAGGAACGCCUGGCUGCCCUCUCCAGUCAUGUAACAGAGCUGGAGGAAGAUCUGGACACUGCUAGGAAAGAUCUCAUCAAGUCUGAAGAAAUGAACACAAAAUUGCAGCGGGACGUCCGUGAGGCCAUGGCCCAAAAGGAAGACAUGGAAGAGAGAAUCACUACUCUUGAGAAACGCUACCUCGCAGCACAGCGUGAAGCCACCUCUGUGCACGACCUCAACGAUAAACUUGAAAAUGAAAUUGCAAAUAAAGAUUCUAUGCAUCGACAGACCGAGGAUAAGAACCGCCAGUUACAAGAGCGCCUGGAGCUGGCCGAGCAGAAGCUGCAGCAGACCCUGAGGAGGGCGGAGACACUCCCCGAGGUGGAGGCGGAGCUGGCCCAGAGGGUGGCCGCCCUCUCCAAGGCCGAGGAGAGACAUGGCAACAUCGAGGAGAGGCUGCGCCAGAUGGAGGCACAGUUGGAGGAAAAGAAUCAAGAGCUGCAGCGGGCAAGGCAGAGAGAGAAGAUGAACGAAGAACAUAACAAGCGUCUGUCAGACACUGUUGACAAGCUUCUCUCCGAAUCUAAUGAGAGGCUUCAACUUCAUCUUAGAGAGAGAAUGGCUGCUCUGGAAGACAAGAAUUCUCUAUUACGAGAAGUUGAAAAUGCAAAAAAACAGUUAGAAGAAACGCAACAUGAUAAGGAUCAGCUCGUGCUGGACAUCGAAGCAUUGAGGGCUGAACUAGACCAGACGAGGCUGAGAGGCGCGUCCCUUCACCACGGCCGACCCCACUUGGGCAGUGUCCCAGAUUUCAGGUUCCCUGUGGCAGACGGUCCCACAGACUCCUACAGCAGCAGUGCCGUGUUGCGGCGCCCCCAGAAGGGCCGUCUGGCAGCCCUGCGAGAUGAGCCGUCCAAGGUACAGACUCUUAAUGAACAGGAUUGGGAACGUGCCCAGCAAGCUAGUGUCCUGGCAAAUGUAGCGCAGGCCUUCGAGAGUGAUGUCGACGUGUCUGAUGGUGAAGACGACAGGGAUACGAUCUUCAGCUCAGCUGGUCUGUUGUCACCCAGUGGGCAGGCAGAUGCCCAGACGCUGGCCAUGAUGCUUCAGGAGCAGCUAGAUGCCAUCAACAAGGAGAUCAGGUUGAUACAAGAAGAAAAGGAAAACACAGAGCAGCGGGCGGAGGAGAUUGAGAGUCGAGUUGGCAGUGGAAGUUUAGACAAUCUUGGUCGUUUUAGAUCAAUGAGCUCCAUUCCCCCCUAUCCUGCUUCCUCGCUUGCUGGCUCCUCUCCUCCAAACAGCGGCCGGUCCACCCCACGAAGGAUUCCGCACAGUCCAGCUCGGGAAGUGGACAGACUAGGUAUCAUGACUCUAUUGCCAGCUUCCCGAGAAGAGGUACGAGAUGACAAGACGACAAUAAAAUGUGAAACCUCCCCCCCUUCCUCCCCGAGGUCCCUUCGAUUGGACAGGCUGCACAAAGGAGCAUUGCAUACGGUCAGCCACGAGGACAUCAGGGACAUAAGAAACUCAACAGGCUCGCAGGACGGCCCCGUGAGCAACCCCAGCAGUAGCAACAGUAGCCAGGACUCGCUCCACAAAGCCCCCAAGAAGAAGGGCAUCAAGUCCUCUAUCGGCCGCUUGUUUGGCAAGAAAGAAAAGGGCCGACCUGGACACCCCGGCAAGGAAUCGUUAGGACCAGCUGGUGUUUCAGAGACAGAAAACUCAUCUCAGGAUGCCUUGGGACUCAGCAAAUUGGGAGGACAGGCUGAAAAAAAUCGUAAACUUCAAAAGAAGCAUGAGCUGCUUGAGGAAGCCCGGAGACAAGGUUUGCCUUUUGCACAGUGGGACGGACCAACGGUUGUCGUCUGGCUGGAGCUCUGGGUCGGGAUGCCAGCCUGGUAUGUGGCUGCUUGCCGAGCCAACGUGAAGAGCGGGGCCAUCAUGUCCGCCCUGUCCGACACGGAGAUCCAGCGAGAGAUCGGCAUCAGCAACCCUCUGCACAGGCUGAAGCUGAGGCUGGCCAUUCAGGAGAUCAUGUCCCUGACGAGUCCAUCAGCCCCUCCUACGUCAAGGACGACCACAGGAAAUGUCUGGUUAACGCAUGAGGAGAUGGAAACGCUCACGGCCACGCCACGAACGACGCUCGCGUACGGGGACAUGAACCACGAGUGGAUCGGCAACGAGUGGCUGCCCAGCCUGGGCCUCCCGCAGUACCGCAGCUAUUUCAUGGAGUGCCUCGUCGAUGCGCGGAUGCUGGACCACUUGACCAAGAAAGACCUCCGAGGGCAGCUGAAGAUGGUUGAUAGUUUUCACAGGAACAGUUUCCAGUGUGGAAUUAUGUGCCUGCGAAGGUUAAAUUAUGACCGAAAAGAACUGGAAAGAAAAAGAGAAGAAAGCCAGAAUGAAAUAAAAGACGUGCUUGUUUGGAGCAAUGAUCGAGUGAUUCGCUGGAUCCUGUCGAUCGGUCUGAAAGAAUAUGCCAACAAUCUCGUGGAGAGUGGCGUUCACGGUGCCCUGAUGGCCUUAGAUGAAACCUUCGAUUUCAACGCCCUGGCGCUCUUGUUGCAGAUCCCUACGCAGAACACACAGGCUCGUGCUGUCCUGGAAAGAGAGUUCAACAGCCUCUUGGUCGCGGGGACUGACAGAAGGUUUGAUGAAGACGAUGACAAAAGCUUUAGGAGAGCACCUUCUUGGAGAAAAAAGUUCAGACCGAAGGAUGUUCGUGGCUUAGCUGCGGGGUCAGCAGAGACUCUGCCCGCAAACUUCCGGGUCACUUCCUCUCUGUCCUCGCCCUCCAUGCAGCCAAAGAAGACGCAGCUGGACGGCAGUGUGUCAGGAACGCAGAGGCUGGAUUCUGCCGCAGUCAGGACUUACUCCUGCUGACGCGUCCGUCGUUUACCCACACUACUUCUACAGAUGACCCGCAGCGCUCUGAAUCCAACAAAGACGGCAUUUGAGAAUUCAGUGGAAUCUUGAAUCUGUUAAUACUUGUUAUAUGGACCCUAAGAUAUUUUAUUACAGAGUUUUUAAUUAGUGAAAAAUUCAUGAAUACCAUAGAGAAAAUAUUUUAGAAUUUAAUGUUUCUUAUAUUUAUGUAAACAUAUGACUUCAUUGAUAUAGUUACUUACUUUUUCAUGUAUAUCCAGGCUAUAAAUAUCCUUUCAAAUCGAUUCUGUUCUUAUAUCUAAUUUUAGUCUUUCAAAUGAAUGUACUGUAAUGCCUGUAUGUAUAAAUCCUACGAAAAAAUAUAGGGCUUUUGUAAAUCGUGCGUUUAUUGUAAUUAUCAUUAAUUUUUUAAUAAUAAUCCAUGAGAGAGAAAAGGAUUUUACUGCGUUUGUGCGAUCAUCAUGACACGGUGUGCAUUAUCCUUACAAAUGUAACCAGCUCUACAACAAUCAUUUUGAAAUAAGCAGACUUAAUUUCAAGCAAUUGUUGUAUUUUAGUGACCUACCUUACUGUACUUUUUCUAGCAAGAAAUGCUUUCUUCUGCAGCGUGAACAGGUUAAAAGUAUCUGGUGUUAAAUAUCAGCUUCUAAUCAAGUUUGGGCUGAAAGGAUUAUCAGAACACUAUGAACCUCUCUGAGGGCCGGGUCACUUGCAGAGCCUCGUCCCUGUGGACUGGGCUGGCUUGUCGUCGGUGACCGGCAGAAGCCAGGAGC